CCCCCCCCUAAGCAGCCCGUCGAUGCAGGUGGCCCGCGCGGCCACGGCCGCAACGACGCGUCGCCGGCGGCGCUCACUCGAGCCCGAGCCCUCCGCGACGGCAACGCCAGGUCGUCGCGUCCGCCCCGCCAGCCCUUGAGCAGUCUCGACUGCUCCACCGGCUCCUCCACAGGCUCUCGCCGUCGGCCCCGGCGCGCUGCGACGGCGCAUCAGUCGCGGGACGCGGAGGCGUCGCGGCUGCAGCAAGCGCUGCAGUGCCAGGAGGAGGCGGACGCCGCCAAGCUCGUCAAGCUGAUGCGACGGCAGGAGGCGGCGAGCGCGGCGGCGGUCGAGGAGGCCAAGGCUGCGAUCGAGGCGCAGCUGGUCGAGCGAUUCCGCGAGGAGCAGGCGGCGGCGGCGGAGGCGCACUCAGCGCAGCUGCAGCAGCUGAGCGCGGAGCACUCGACGCAGCUGCAGCAGGCAGCGGCCCUCCUGGAGGCGCAGGCGCGCGAGAAGUUUGAGACGGCGGUCGCGCACGAGAGGGUGAUUGGAGCAGGCGGUGCUCGCAGAGAGGCUGGCGUAUCUCUCCGCCCUCAAGCAGCUCGAGCUCGACGUCGACGUGCUCACACGCGUCCUGGCGCCUACUGUAUACUUGAUGCAGAGCUUUCCGACGUCAUUGUGUUUGCCGCUCCGCGCUCGACGCCUGCCGCCGCGCGCGCCCGCCCGCGCGCCACCCCUUUUGCGCAGCAACACCUUAAAUUUCAUGGCCC